AUGCCUUUUUGGGGUGGCGUGCUGCUGCUGGCCGCGCCCGCGCCCGCGCGUGCGCAGAGGGACAGCGGGGGCGCGGGCGGCGGCGUCCUCUCCGUUUCGCCCGCUGGUGACGGCGACGGCAAUGGUGACGGUGACGACGGCGCCGAAGACGGCGACGGCCGCAACGACGUCCCGGGCGACGACGAAGACGACGCGGGAGGCGGCGCCGACACCACGCCUCGCGGCCCGGCACCACCCCAGACGGAGACCACCACGAUCCCGCUGGAGGCCGCUGCGCAGGAGACGGCCGACACCAGCUCCAGAGAGGAACCAGUUGCCAAUCCCGGCCGCCUGCCCCAGUACCGGCUGACGAACCGAGGCGGAGAGACCUGCAUCCUCAUGGAGAUGGACGCCGUCGUCGGCAUCUUCUACGAGAUGAAGUCCAAGGAACGGCGGACACCUGGAGGCGAGAGGUGGUACGUCAACUUGAUAGAGCUGAAAUACGACAAAUCUGAUAGUACACUCUUCGAAAAUGCCAGUAGCGUAGAGGACGUGACGCUGUCGUCGCGGCGGGCGCACGGCACCACGCUGUUCCCCACGCCGGUCGGGAAGUCCUACCACUGUCAGUCGGAGUACAAGGUGGAGCUGGGCACCAGCAGUGGCCACGGCUCCGAUUCAGCCACGCUGCUGCUGCGCGCCUUCCGGAUGCAACCCUUCAUGUUCAAGCCCACCUUCGGCCCAGCAUUCGAGUGCUCCGCGGGCGGCGCAGCGAAGUUCCGCGACGAGACGGCGCCCAUCGCCGUCGGCUCCACUCUGGCUGUGGUGGUGCUGCUCACGGUCACGGGCUAUGGCGUCUACCGCUACUUCAAGAUCAAGAAGGUGCAGUACGACACGAUGGAGUAGCGGCCGGGCGCCCGCGUCCUCGCCGCGCCCACAGCGUCGCGCCCUCGCCGCCGCCCCGCGGGGACUCGGCGCCCGACCCCGCUCCGCCCCGCCCCGCCCCGCCCCGCUCCGC